AUGACACGCGCGCGGCUGCUUGAUGAUGUGCAAGCUGAUUUGACGACACGCACGCGCGAACUUGGAACACACGCACGCGAAUUUGGACACGCACGCCCGUGCUUCGCCUUCACCGUCCUCAUUCUCACCCGAAAACGCUGUAUGAGACUAUCCGACUUCGGGCUCAUCAACCAUAGAUGGCACAAGAACGAUCGCCACAACAAGUAUGCCGGCUGUGACGCCAUUAUCAGGUGUGCUGGUGCUCAGUGA